AUGACCAACCGCAGCCGCGCGGACGCCGCGGCGGCGGCGCGCCAAUUCGCGGGCCAGAGCGGCGCGGAGGGCGUGGCGCCGCUUCUGCCCUCCGCAGAGCUGCGGCAGCGACUCGAGAAGGGCGAGGAGAUCGUGCUGGUGGAUGUGCGCUGUGCAGAGGAGCAGCAAGUGUCGAUGAUGCCUGGAGCAGUCACCAAGGAGCACUUCGAAUCUCAGGUGCUGCCCAAGCUUCGGCAAGAGCCGAAGGGAAGGCUGGUGGUGCCCUACUGUACGGCAGGCUUCCGGUCGGGUAUCUAUGCCAAAGAGCUGGUAAAGUAUGGCCUGAACGUGCGCAACGGCGAGGGGGUGGUCAUGUGGACUUUCGACGGCAAUGGCCUCGUGCGCCCCAGUGAGACAUCGCUGGUGAAGGAGGUCCAUGUCUUCGGCAAGCCAUGGGAUAUGGCGGCGGAGGGAUACUCUACCGUGUACUUCUCCCACGUGGGUGGCGCACUGCGUUUUUUGAAGCAGAAGUGCGAUUGCCUUGACUCGUGUUUGUUGGGCUGCUUCACGAGCAGGGCUUGA